AUAUCCACUUAAUAUUCAACAAACGCCACACAGCAGUACAACACUGCAGCGUACUCUGUUCUCCGCCUUCUCUCUCGCCGGCGGCGGCUUCACCACCCUCACGGCAGUCAAGCUUUUCGUGUUUUGGACUUCUGUGAACACUGAAUGGAAGAGGUCUCAGAUGAUUAUGGAGCUUUCAUUGACAAAUUCACACUUCAACCAAACUCUUCUUCUCCACAGCUUCCCUUACAUGGCCUCACCUUUGCUGUAAAAGACAUAUUCGAUGUGAAUGGGUAUGUGACUGGAUUUGGGAAUCCAGAUUGGGCAAGGACUCAUUCUGCUGCAACAUCUACUGCACCUGUGAUUUUGGAUCUUCUAAAGGCAGGUGCCACCGGUGUUGGCAAGACUUUCAUGGAUGAAAUGGCAUACAGUAUAAAUGGUGAGAACAUCCAUUAUGGAACACCCAGAAAUCCUUGUGCUGCAGAUAGGGUUCCUGGAGGGUCUUCUAGUGGAUCUGCUGUUGCUGUCGGUGCAAUGCUAGUGGACUUUUCCUUAGGUACUGACACGGGGGGAAGUGUAAGAGUCCCUGCAUCAUACUGUGGGAUAUUUGGAAUCCGGCCAUCUCAUGGAGUUGUUUCAACUACUGGAGUUAUUCCAAUGGCACAAAGUUUUGAUACAGUUGGAUGGUUUGCUAGGGAUUCUUCAAUCUUGAAGCAAGUUGGGAAAGUCUUAUUGCCUUCUCAAGACUUGCUUCCUGUUAGACCUAAUCAAAUUAUCAUUGCAGAGGAUUGUUUCAAGCUUCAAGACUUUUGGGGCAGCCAAUUCACAAAAGCUCUGAUAAAUUCAAUAGAAAAGUUAUAUGGACGCGGGACCAUUAAACAUGCUCAUCUGGGAGAAAUUGUUAAGGAAAAUGUUCCAAGUUUGAAACCUUUCAUGAGCCAGGGAUCUGAAGGCCAAGAAUAUAUACCCUCGCUAUUAGCUCUUUCAAAUGCUAUGCGAUUGCUUCAAAGAUAUGAAUUCAAGGAGAACCAUGGUGAAUGGAUUAGUACAAUUAAGCCUAAUUUAGGUCCUGGAAUAGCAGAACGAGCUUGGGAAGCCCUCAAGACCACAGAUGAAAAGAUUGAUGUCUGCCUCUCUGUAAAGGCUGAACUAAAAGAAGCUCUUGUUGCACUCCUAGGGGAUGCUGGCAUCCUUGCUAUCCCGACAGUUCCUGGCCCUCCACCGAAGCUACAGACAGACCCCACCAGCUUGGAAGCCUUUCGUGUCAAAGCUUUUAGUCUAUUAUCCAUUGCCGGAGUAUCAGGAGUUUGCCAGGUGAACAUACCCCUUGGAGUACAUGGCAAUCUUCCUGUAGGAAUUUCAUUGUUGGCAAAGCAUGGCUCUGAUCUUUUCCUACUCGAUAUUGUUGAUACUAUCUACGGAACUCUCAAGGAGCAGGUUGAAUUGCUAAAAGAGUGAUUACUGAACUUCAUUCAUAUGUUGCUGCUGUAAAUACUCAUAUGGGAUAACAACCAAACUGGAAAACCUAACUAAGAAGAAUGCAGUUUACCAUUUAUGAUAUUUCCAGUUGAAAGUUUUUCUGGUUGGGGUAGGAUAUACGGAAUUUUUUUCUCCCUUUUAACCUUAAAAAGAUUAAGGUAACUACCAAAUCAUUGAAGUGUUAACAUGUUAUCACCUGUCCAAAAACCAUCCAUUUGCCAUCUGAUUCCUACCGAGAAUUUGAUUGUCAGCCCGCAUAAUUCUCUAUAAAUCACUACUGAGAAACUUUAGCCCAUCACUCCAACAACGCUAUCUAAGAUGAAUCCUAUAUCCUGGUGGAUAGUGAAGAACAGCCAUCAGACCAGAGUAGUCAACAUUACUCUUUCUUGUAGUUCUACACAUUGUGAAAGUAAUAAAAUGAAGAAAGACUUGUCCACAAUCACUUGAUUGGGUUUUCCAACCAAAAGAGGCAUGAGAACUGAAGGGUAUUUGCUUGGGCUGAGUUAAGUAUAGACUGAGUAGCUAGCAAGAUAAAAAAAAAAUGCACUAAUGCAGCAAUAAAA